UACAAGCCUGGACCGUCUGCCGUCGCAAGCAACGUUCUUCUCGCCGAGGCAUUUGCUGAUGGCACCUCUGCUGUUGGCAAGUUCUUCACCGACGAAGUCUCUGUCGGUGGUGUCCACCUCAAGCUCACUUUUGGAGGCAUCCCUGGCCAAAAAGGUCACGAAUCACCCGACCCUUCGGCACAAGGUGGGAUCAUCGGUAUUGGCCCUCAAUCGCUUCAAGAUGAUGUGGUUACCGGUGGCGGCGGCAAGGCUGGUCAAUACAUCAACUUUAUGGGGUCUCUCGUCAAGGCUGGCCUCAUCAAACGUAAUGUCAUCGGCCUGGGCUUCAGUAUGGCAGAUCUCUGGGAUGCCUCACCCGUCGACAAGGGCGGUAUUGUGCUUGGUGGCAUUGAUACCAGCGUCCUCAA